CAUGCUUUGAAUUGAAUAUAUGUACGUUUGGUUGAAGAAGUACACUGCGUCGCCGACAUUUUGAAUAUCGGCAUAUGCAAUUAUCAUAUUUGAACAAAGCAUCAGAAUAUUUUUUUUAAUGAUUUCACUUUUAAAUAAAUAUUUUUAAUCUGUUUGGACUCCAUUUUGUUUUAUUUUUAAUAUUGUGUUAUUCACUGAUUUCUUGCAAACGAUCUCGGUUUUCGUGAAUAUGUUUACAUUAUGUUUUUGUUUUGUGAAUAAUCAGUUAACAUCAUUCAAAAAACCUACAGUUUUACUUGUGAUGAUUCUAAAUGGAUAUGCAUUUUUUAAGAUAUGCAAUGGAUAUGUUUUUAAAAUACCUCCGUUGUAAAUUUACAGCGUGGCUAAUGCAUAUUGGAAUUAAGAUAGAUCAUGGAAGCACGACUAAUUUAUUCAUAUCUGUUUAGAAAUGGUUUGCAACUAAAGACUUAAUGCCUAACAGAGUUGAUAAUAUAUCAACCAAAAUGGCUAGUGCUUUGUUCACUAUUGAACAAAUCGAGUUGAUUCGAAGGUUGCGGAAUAGUGGCAUAACGAAGGAACAAGUGUCAAUGGCUUUCGACCAAAUGGACCGCCUCGAUGUUGAGCUAGGAAAGCCAUCAACUUCCUCCAUCCGCCCCAAUUUACCUCAUUACCCUACUAUGUGCUCAUCUUUACAAGCCCUCGAUAGAAUGGAGAGAGACCAUGAUUCGAGCCCAGUCUCUAACCAUGGCCAAACUAAUGGGGUGACUAAGAAUAGUGAAAGUCUCCCCUUUUACAAACAAGGGGAGACACAAUCGUACUCUAGACCCCAAAGUAGUAGUAACUCUUCGACAGACGGGGCCACUGAUGGUGGUAGCAGUACCCAGAAUGGGGAUGCUUCACCAUCAGCCAUUGCCAAUAAUUCAUCAGUAGCUUCACCUACCUCCCGAUUGUCAAAUGAAGUGACAAUAAUACCUCUUUCCUCAUCGGCUUCAUCAGUUCCUGUGUCCUACUCAUCGGCCGAUGGUGUUACAGUACAAAGCCACAAUUUUAACCGUUCGGCCGAUGGAGCUUCAUCAAACUGCGUCCCUAUCCAGUGUUUAGUCAAUCCUCUCGAUUUAUUACAAGACGAGUGCUAUGAAUUGGAUGAGCUUAAAAAGAAAGGUGAAAUGGCUAUACUAUCUGAAAUAAGAAAUUUUGUCAUGAGGUAUAAUAUUAAGCAAACAAUGAUUGCCGAAAUGACAAAAAUGAGUCAAGCCUAUGUUAGUCGCUUUUUCCGUGGAGAUAUACAAGACAUGUCUGACCGGACCAAGAAUGCCUUCUACAUGUGGUAUCUCACGUGUAAAAAUAACCCAUGGAAGCUUACUCAACUUUGCCCAAAUUCAGGUGUGAAGCGUAUGGUUUCUGAGAGUGGUGAUCUUAUUCCAUUGAAAAGAGAACGAUUUACAUUUAAAGCUGCUCACCUGGCAGUUUUAGAGCGUUACUAUGAGAAAGAUCCAUACCCUGACUCUCAGACAAGAGAGCAAAUUGUUGAUGAAUGUAAUAAAGCUGUAGAAAGAUCAGUUCGUAUUUCAGACCGGCCUUUGGCGGAAAGGGAAAGAGUUACAUUACCUGUAGUGAAUAAUUGGUUCAAUAACAGAAGAAAAGAAGCGAAGAAGCAACUCAGGCAACAGCAUGCAGCAGCUAUGGCAGCAGUUUCAGUUGGCAUGUCACCAUUGAGUCAGCCAUCCUUAGGAAUGAGUGCAAUGGCUGCUUUGGGUUGGCAUCAAUCACCCACAUCCGGUAAUAUGGGAGGUUUGUCCAAUUUUGCCGGUUCCCACCAACCUGCCUUUCACCCAAAUGCUCAUUUAGAUCUCAGUAGUGAGGCUAUGGAUAGCGACAGUUCUCGUGACUCUAAUGCUGAAUACAGCAAUGGUGAUGCUCUUUCUGUUGAAAUACAUGAAGAGGAAAAGCCUACUAACAUCAAACAGGAAGUAUGAUAACAAGUAUGAGAAAUUACACAUAGCAGAGAAUGGAAACGAGAACGAUGAUCGGCAUACUAAUAAGCCAAUUAAGCCUUUAUUUUUCUUUCAACUAAAAAUACUACAUAGUUCCAAUUUGCCUAUUUA